UCGGCUCCGCUCGGGCCGCACUCGGCUAUUUCCGCCUCUUUGUUUUAAACUCCGGGCCGAGCCCUUUAAAUCCCCCUUUUUUCUUUUUAAAAUUUUCUUGGGAAAGGGAAGAGGGGCCGGUGUUUCCCUCCGCCUCGCGUUUCCGACUCCUCUGCUCUCUGCCCUGCGGUGGCGCUCGGAGAAGGACGGGCCGGGGAGCGGAGGGUCGGCGGCGGCGGGGGGAGCCCCCGCUGUAGCCCCGAGCGGCGGCCGCGCCCCCCCCGUCAGGACUCAGAUAUUGAUUUCAGGAUUCAAAAUAGGAAGAGGUCUCUGGAUGGCAGACUCUGAAAAGAAAUGCUGUUUUAAGAGUGUUUACAAAACUCCUAAAGAAAGUGAUGCUAAGAAUUAGGGAAGAUGUUAUUGCUAUUUUCUACACAACCUGUGGACAGAAAUCAAGAGAUUUUCCUUUCUUGGCUUUGGCUUUCUAAAAUCUAAAUUAAGGAAGCAAUUCAAGUUUUCUGCAAAGUCUGAGCAUUUAUGUUAUCUGACUGAACUGACAUCUUGACACCAAAGAUGCUAACAAGGAAGAUUAAGCUUUGGGACAUUAAUGCCCAUAUAACCUGUCGUCUGUGCAAUGGAUACCUGAUUGAUGCUACUACUGUAACAGAAUGCUUGCAUACCUUCUGUAGAAGCUGCCUAGUGAAAUAUUUGGAGGAAAACAACACCUGUCCAACGUGUAGGAUUGUUAUACAUCAGAGCCACCCAUUACAGUAUAUUGGUCAUGACAGAACAAUGCAAGAUAUUGUUUACAAACUUGUGCCAGGCCUCCAAGAAGCGGAAAUGAAAAAGCAAAGGGAGUUUUAUCACAAACUGGGCAUGGAAGUUCCAGGGGACAUCAAAGGGGAGACAUGUUCUACAAAACAGCACCUAGAUUCUCAUCGAAAUGGUGAAACUAAAGCAGAUGAAAAUAUAAAUAAAGAAACUUCAGAGGAAAAACAGGAAGAGGAUAAUGACUACCACCGAAGUGAUGAACAGGUAAGCAUCUGCUUGGAGUGCAAUAGCAGCAAACUGCGUGGAUUGAAACGAAAAUGGAUUCGUUGUUCUGCACAAGCAACAGUCUUGCAUCUAAAGAAGUUUAUUGCCAAAAAACUCAACCUUUCUUCUUUUAAUGAGCUGGACAUAUUAUGCAAUGAAGAGAUUCUUGGCAAGGACCAUACGCUCAAGUUUGUAGUUGUUACUAGAUGGAGAUUUAAGAAAGCACCUCUACUGCUACAUUAUAGACCCAAAAUGGACUUGCUGUAAGGGAACUUUAUUGUCCUUCUGGACAGAGCUUUUUGCAGAGACUAUCAUCUGGCACCUUCUUAGUGCGUCACUAAUCACAUGACACAAACCAGCUGAAUAAUUUUGGAAGACUGGAGGGCUUUCAUAGUGGGCUGUCCUGAAUAUUUCUUCUAGGGAUGUGUUACCUAGACUUCUGGGCAGACAAUAUUUAUACUUUUUUUGUAUGGAAGAAAGAAGUUUCAACUCAGCAAGACACUACCAGCAUUAAGUUUACAGAUACUGAAAACACUUCACAGUUCCAUGUAGCUCAGCCUGAUUUGUCUCUUACGGUUACACACAGAAAAAAAGUUUGAGUGUUGUGGGGUGAUAUAAAUAUGUUGCUUUUGACACCAAGUUGCAUUUAGUUACUUCUUGCAUUCUAAAUCUUUAAAAACUAUAUUUUUGCAAAGUGUUAUUGUCUUAUAUAGUAUGCCUGAUUGCAUUGGCUUUAUUCAAGUUAUUCUGUAGAGCAUUGAACAUACCUGAUAAUACAGUGACUGGUGAUAAUUUAUUAUGCUGCAUUGAAAACUUAAGAAGAUCUGGGAAACCAGUAAAUUUGUCAUUUUUGCCCAGUUAUUGCUCUCCCUCACCUUGUGUUUUAAUAAAGUUUUGAUACUUCUGUAUACGUGUUAAUUUGGUAAGACUAAUAGAAAUAAUUUCAUUUGAUUUUAAUGUGCUGUGAUCUAUAUUUUGCUAUGGUAUAAAUUGCACCACGUAAUGACAAAUACUCACAAGUGCUAGAUUUGUGAAUUUCUUAAAAAAUAAACAUUUCUUAUGUAUUUGUGGCUUGCAGAAAUCAGUUUUUAAUUUAGAGAGAAUUUGGUAUCACUAGCUAUUGAAAAAGUGGCUCUUGGACAAGUAUUGCGGAUUUUUCAUUUCACUGAUUAAAACUUAUGGGCAGCUUUAAAUUUCUUCAGCUGUUUUCUUAUGAAACCAUGGCAUUUUCCUUGCUGCAAUUCCUAACUUACAUGGGAUGGGGAGGAAGGGGGAGUCAAGACAAGAUUAUUUUAGCACCUUUUGGCCUUAACUAGUAAUUUUGCUUGCAUCAGCCCUAAUGGAUGCAAGGUAAUACACAUUAAUGUAUGUAUGGGUACAUACAUCUGUAUACACAUAUAACUAUUUAUGUUAUAGAAAGAACCCUCAAUGGCACUUAGCAGGGCUCACUGCACUUUUUGUAAGGCUUUUGGAAAUAAUUGGCUUUUAAAAAACUGUAGUUGAAAGUGAUUUCUGCAAGCUAUAUCCACUGUGUAUCGUCCAUAGUACAAUUGUAAGAACAUUUGUCUGACGCAGGUGUGAAGUCACUGAAAACAGUGUAUGCCCUAUUAUUGCCAGCUGGAAAUAGUUAACCUGAUUUUUGGAAGGAAUUUUUUCCUAUCAGCUGAAAAUGCUAGUUGCUAUUCCUAUUAUUAAACCCUGUUAUUUUUUGAUAAAUUGUCUUUGGAUAAGUAGCUCUGCUUCCUCUUGCUGUGCUCUUUUGCUUCUUCUGCUAGAAAGUGCUACUUAGUAACCGGAAGCUGAUACUGCAAGAGAUUUAUCUAAGCAUUUUAAAUAUUCUUCCUCUUGAGUUUUCAAAGCCCUACAUUCCUCAGCACAUUUCCCUUAAUGUCCCUCUCGUGGCUUCAGUUCUCCUUUCCCAGCUCAGCUGCUGCUUGUGCUUACCUUUGACAACAGGGCUCCUUAUUUUUGAUUACAGUCAGAGAUGUGAGUAGCAAGGAAAUGAAAAAGAAAUUAUGUGAGCAGAGAAUGAAAGGGAGCCUCCUGAAUUGUGGAGAUGGAAAGGAGAGCCACACAAUGGCCAGAACAUGCUGCUGUCCUUGCGGGUGAAAGUCUUAAGAUAGCUGCAUUUGAAUGUUUAGGUUACCCAGAACUCCACAUCUGGUUCUUGUGUGGUGUUUGUGUGCAUGUCUGUGAUUCAUGGAAUCAAAUUUGGCUCUGAUUUUGUCUUGCUGUUUGUGUAUUUUCAGCUUUUUUUUCUGUCUUUAGCAUUACUUGAUCUGGCAGAAAAGAGCAAACAAGAUCAUGUGUCUACCAUUUUUAAAACUUUCCAUGAAAGCAGUCAAUGCAGGUGGUGUGGAUGUGUACACAAGCUGACAUAAUGGGCCUCUCUGGAGCUGUUUCUUACGUGAUUGUUACUGUUCUAGUGUAAAUAAGAGGCUGGCUUUGCCACUGAGGCCCUGAGAAUGUGGACAGGACUGUAAGGGUCCCGGCUCUGUGCACCCAUAGUAUACACACAGUGGCUGUACCUGAUGUAGACAUUGACCUAAAGCUGCCAGACAGCAUUCUGAUUAACCACCUUAAUCAGAAUAUAUAUAUAUAUAUAUAUAUAUAUAUGUACACACACAAACAAAAAUAUAUAUACAUAUACACAUAUAAAUGAGAUCUGUCUACCUCAAGUGUGUGUACUGCAGGAAACUUUUGUAUGACUAGAUACUGACGCAGUGCUGUUAAAGUACAUUGGGAUUUCAUUUCUUCCUUAUGUACUUGAGCAACUGAGAAAUUAAUUACGAAUACACGAAUUCAGAAGCCUUUCAAAUCUAUCUCUUGCUGUAACAACUUACAAUACAAAACUCAUAAGUUUAUAACCAUCCUUAGAAUCACUUGAAUUUGUUAUGGUGCUAUCAGUAUAUAGAAAACUCUGUUUAUAUGGAUACAUAAAUUCAAGCCAGUAUUAAUACCUAUAGCUGGGGUUUUUGCUUGUAAUUGUGUGUAACUGCUUUUGCAAUGUGUUUAAUCUGAUAAAACCACAUCAGUUUAAAAAAAAAAAAAACACAAAAAAACCAAAAAAAAAAAAAAAAAAAACAAAAAAAACAAAAAAAACCGAACGAAGAAAACCAAACAAAAAACCCCCAAACCAACAGGAAACUCCAAAAUUACUCAGUUGUUUUUCUAAAUCACAUGUGAUAACAUCUUCACUACAAAAAUUGCCCUCGGAAGUGGUGUGACUCUGUCUGUACCAUAUGUUAGUCUCACUAAAAGACUACAGUGUAGAGCGAGGUCUUCUUUGGGUCAGAGCCUUGUUGAAUUUCUGUGACACUUAAGAGACAAUUUAUAUCAAGAUUAUAUUGGGUAAAGUAACCCUGAUACUGUUGAAAGUUGGACUAAAAUUUGGAUUCGACCAUACAUAUUUCUUAGUCCUGAUGAGAUCAUGGUAGUUGAUUUUGGCUUUUGUGAAGAUGCCAUUACUGUGAAGUAGUUUUUACAAUUUCUUAUGCUGGUAAAUAGUUGCAGUAAGGAAGUAUCUUGUUGCAUUAUCCUCAGCAGCAGUGAGACUGAUGAAUCACCUGGGCUUAGAGUCUCAUUAAGUAUACUUUCAGUAAAAAUAAAGAAUUCAGAUAGAAUAUAUAAUACUGAAUUUAAAUAAGAUUUGGGGGUUUAAAUUUUAACUUUAUAAAAUUAUUUAUUCUAUUUUAAGCCUUCUGUCUUAUUUUACCAUCCAAGUAUUUUUGGUUUUAGUGGUCCAGCUUUAUUUACGGGCAUAUAAAUUGAAAUUGUAAGAUGUUUCUACAAGCUUCUUCAUUUUACAUUGAGUAGCUUAUCAUCUGUAUGUUUUUAUUUUGUAUGGAUAAAGAGCAUUACUUAUGCUUUUGUGCAAUAGGUUUGAAACAUGCAUUUAUUAGGCUUAUGUUUAAAUUGUAAAUGUAGCAUCUACUUACCAUUACAUUUAAAAGGAAUGUAGAUGGCUUUUCUCACUUGUUCAAAUGGAGUUUUAUUUGGGGCUGUUAUUUGGGGGUGGGCGUGUGUGUUUUAUGCUUUGUUCCAUUUUUUAUUUUAAGAGUGAAAUGGGGGAUUUAAAAUAUCUGUAAGUACAAGAACUAUCUGUCAGCAAUAUUUUAAAAUAAAUGAUCUUGCAAGAAACCUUAAUGUGAAUUGUGGAAGCAAUCUACAAGACUUGCAGCCUAUCUGAAAAUGUUUUGUGCCAUUGUUAGGUCUGGUAUAUUUGUGUACCAUCAUACCUGGGAAUAUUUUUUUCUACGGUUGUGCAAUAGUAUACACAACACUGUCACUCAGGAGAUAUGGGACCGUAAAAAAUAUCAGACUACAACUAUGAUGGUGCUAUUUUUUCCAAUAGGCUAUGAGCCUUUGAAAGCUUAUGUGGCUCUUAUUGUCUUUAUAACAACACAGUUCUAGGGGAUUUACAGAUUUUUUUUUUUCUACUAGAUGAUAAAUAUAACUUGCUGUUUUACAGCAUUCUGCAUAUUACGUUGAGAUAAAUAUAAUAGGAAAAAGCCAACCAGUCUGUACAUCAGUGAGAUGAAUCUUAGGUACACAUUUUGUACAGAAGGCUUUACUGAACAGAAAAAUCAAGUUUCUGCUUUUCCUCAGGUAAUCACUUCAGUUUGGAUGUUUCACUGAAAGCGUUAAUGCAACUUUAGUUAGUCUGCCUAAAGUUGAUAACAGAAAUUGUUCUGCACACGAGUCUCCCUACAUAAGAUACAAUUAGAUGUUACUUGGGUCUUGAGAUCCAUUUUUGAAGAAGUUGCAGAGAGCAACAAUAAAGAAUAUGGAACAAUGCUUCAAUCUCUGCUCUCAUCAAAACUUGCAGUCAGGACAAAAAUUACCUAGCAACUUGGGUCUUGUGGCAAAUCAACAGGUAGUGUUUUACCUGUUUUAUUUAUAUACAAAUUAAAGGUAUAACUCUACUAUUUGUUCCAUAUUUUAUCCUACUUAGAGUUUUUUGGAAAUCUUUUGAAGCCACAAUGACCUGUCCAUGUCCUGGUGGUAGGAUAGGAACUACAUGUCCAAUUCUAUGAACAUCUACAUUGGUAACUUUACUAAUAACCUGGAUGGUUCCACAGAAACCAGUGGGAUCAUUCAUUCAAACAGAGGUGUGGCUGAAGGAAGAACUCCUGAGUUUUGAGUACUGAUACUCCACUAUUUUUGUUAUUUCUGUUUGAAAUGGAAAGUAUUGGUUUGAUGGAAUCUUUAAUUCAAGUGACUUAUCUGGACAAAAGGAAAGUUUGUUCUUUCCUUCUGCAAACAGGAUCAUUUUGCAGUUAAGGGACAAUUAGCCAGUGCAACCACUAAGCCUUUUAUCCUCAUAUAUGGCAUAAUAAAGAUUCUGGAACUGUCAGAGUGUAAAACCAUAUUUUUGGCUUAGCUUCAUUUAAAAGUUUACAAUUUUUUAUGCUUUGUGUUGCUGUGUAAUUUCUGUACUACUGGUGGCUAGUUUUGUCUGAAUAAGCCUUUUGGGGAUUAAUGCUUAAUGUUUUGAUUUUAUGAUAGUGAAGCUUGUAUCCAGUGUUUUGCCAAUGAAUACUAUAUGCUUGUUAAUAAAAGCAGAGAAACUAACUGAAA